AUGCCUCCAGCAACUGUACUCUGCAGAGUCGACUGUAACCUGCCUCACGCCCUUGGCAUGAUGUCUCGUAACGAUGUGCUUUUGGCGGCACAGCAGGCCCUGACAGCUGAGUCACAAAUCACUUUGUUUGCGUACGCAGAGGCACUCAGCAGGACGGUUUCGGCGCAGAUCCAUACCUUGCUGCCCGAGCCGGUGUUUGGCUCUGAUUGUGGCAGGAUAUUGGCAAGGCGAUUUUUGGAGGAUGGUACAGCGCCCCUCUGGAGCUCUGUUAGGCAGGUUGUCAUGAUUUUGCGCAAGGAGAAGCCCCGCCACGUAAGCUUUCAGUUGUCGGAGGAAGCCGCGAGUUUUUCUAUUGGUGCCUUUUGCAACGGUGCCCAUCAGGGCUUAUGCAAAGCUACCAUGACACAUAAGAACGUGGCGCGCCUUCUCAACCGUUUGGUGAGUCGCGUUUGUAGCGAGCAUUCCUGGACUACCACCACACUUCUGUUCAACUAUGCAACGCCCCCGCAUAUCGACAUCCAGAAUGAAGCUGCUCCUAAUCUUGUUUUGUCACUCUCUGUACAUGAUGGUGGGGAGCUUUGGAUUGAAGGUGAAGGCUCUGACUUUGUUGAGCAUGGCGGUGUGAUGGUCAGGGGCUGCAAGUACUCGCUCCACUCGCAUGCCAUUCGGUUUGAAGCUUUUCGCUUGCUGCACAUGACAUGUCCUUGGCAGACCUUUGACCGUGUUACGCUUGUUGCUUUCACGGUCAAGAAGGCUGAACGUUUGCCUCAGUGGACGUGGGAGCUCCUGCUUGAGCUAGGGCCGAGAGCUGAUACCUCGCCCAUAAGGCGUUUGUCUGCUCGCAUCCGCGCCCAGUGGCAUAUGGAAUCCUUGUACAGGUCUGAUGGCGCUGAAUGGGCCGCGCUGUCAGACGCCAGGGUGCCAUCGCAUGUGCACUGGCACGCACAGGCGAUGCUGCA